UAAUCUCUACAGUGUUUCUCUCUCGGGUCCAAUGUCCAUGUUGGAUAACGGGAAGGCAACUUUUCUCCACAGCACAGUAUAAUAAUGAACUUGACAGGAGCGGCGGCUGGAGCUGCAGGACGCGGGCAGUGGACCGGUUCAGGCGGCGCGUCUUUAAGCUGCAACCCCCGCAAAUUCAGCGAGAAAAUCGCCCUGCAAAUUCAGCGGCAAGCCGAAGAUAUAGCCGCCUUCCAGGAGGUUAUGACGGACAUCACUUCCACCAGGAUUCAGGCUCAGAAAGUUCGGCAAGCAAGGAGCCUGGCUUCGUAUUAUGGAGGAUCUCUGCCAAAUGUCAGUCAGAUAUCAGCAUGUCCAUCAGGAAAUCAGAGCCAGCUCCUGUCUAACCAGGACUACAGUGUUAGCCAGCAUCACCAUGUGAGGACAGAACAUGGACAGAGAGAUCACAGGCCCAGCAUCCAUGGACGACCAAACAGGAGACAUAUUGACAGCGCCCCUUAUCUCUCAGUCCACCUGUCUCCUCCCACAGGCCCCAGCUGGCGGAGGAACUGGUGUGUCAGAUCUGCAAAUGAAAAAAGCCAGAUGGUUCAAACGCCAAUGACGGCCCUUAGUAGGACUCGCUCAGACUCGGCCCUUCACACUAGUGUGAGGAUGACCUACACCGGUGACCCGAAUCCUGAACAGAUCUUGACUGUCUGCUCCAAAAAAGCUGGGACCCCGUUAUUUUCACCUCCAGUGCCUCUGAUUGAAGAGAAUGUCCAAGAGGAAGGAAGGACUCCUAAAUUACAGAAGAUAUCGGCAGCCUUUUCCGGAUGUGACACUAAUGGAAAUCACAUAAGCGGCUCUCUGCCAGACCUCUCCAGUUUGUGUCUGCCCUCAGCAGCACCUGAGGGCUCAAACCCACAACCUCCGAUCAACUCCAACCCAAUCAGCAACUCCACUGGCAUACACCAUCUACCCAGCAGUGCCACACAUGACGUCUCAACUGACAGUGAUUUUCCUCUGCCUAGUUUGUCAUCAUCUCUCCAGGCGAUGGCCAGUAAUCCCUCACUGCAGUCUUCUCUCAGCAACCCUAAUCUCCAGGCGACGCUCAGCAGCCCCUCGCUACAUGACUCUCUAAGCUCCACAUCCCUGUGCAUGUCACUAAGCAGCUCGUCCCUGAAGUCCUCCCUUAGUAGCCAGUCCCUGCAGUCUUCCUUUAGCAGCUCGUCUCUGGGUAACCAGUCUUUCCAAUCAACAGCUAGCAGCUACAGUAGUGGGAUUGGUGCAUCUCGCUCUUGCUCCUCAUCCUCUCUCUCCUGCUCGCCACGUACUAGUGGGCAGGUAGCAGUGUCGCAAGCGACUUCAUCAGUGAGGAGAAACCAGCUCAGCCCGUUAAUGGUGCCCAGUGGUGAAGAAUCCCCUUGGCAACAACCCACUCUGUCUCCCACUCUUUCCUGUAUUACCCAAGGAGUUCCACUAAACAGCACGAAAGUACGACCAGAGGUCAAACCACCACCAUAUCCUUACAGUCAGUUCCCUCUAACAGGAACACCAAAGGUUCAUAAUUCUUCUCAGUCUUGGCAGCUCCAUCAGUCCGAGGGAUGGGAUCAGUGCAGACAGAAUACCAGAUGGUGCCAACAGCAGGGUUCAAAGCUGAUAAGCUCUCAGUGUAAACCACAACCACAUUAUAUGCAGCAUCAGAACUCACAAUGCCAAACACAGGACAGCUUCCUGAGUCCAUAUCACUACACACCUCAGCAACAGCUAGAUAAACAAACAGCGCAUGCACCACAGCAAUCCCAUCGGACUCAAAGUAAUCACCAGUCACAGCAACAACCAAUAAGCUGUACACAGACUCAGCAAUACUUACAGCAACAAGCACAGCAAUUUCCACCACAGCACCAGCAGCAAUACCAGCAACUUGACCAAUGCUGGAAUCCUCAACUUCAACUCCUAAACCACAACCAGAACCAGCUACAAUACCAAAGCAAAUCUGAAAGUCCUCAGAACCAGCAGCCUUUUCACCAUCCCUGUGUCCCGGAAGCUCAAGACGCAUACACAUCAUGGAACAAUCCAUUAAAUCAACAAAACUUCCCUAAUAUGAGAAUACAACAAUCAUAUAUGAAUUUAAAGCAACGGCCAAAACUACAGUCUAAGAAGUUGGUCCAAGAAACUGAAAGAGAGAGAGCUCAGAGUGCUAAAGCAACCCAUCCUCAGAACGAUCUCCAGUUUAAUAAACUGGCUUCAACUGGUUCACCGGAUAAUGAAUUCGGGCUUCAUAACAAACCCUACAUUGGUCUUCACCUAACACCGAGCCAGACAGAAGCUCUUUCUCAGAAGCUUGGCCAACUCCAUAAGGUCGGCAAAAAUUCUGACUCCAAAUGUCAGGAUGUCGAGGGGAAACAUCUGUGUGAUGUUGAGCACUUCAGGAACUCACCAACCCAGAGUUUCAACAGUGAUGUGUCAUGUAGUUUUCCCAGCAUCAGUUGUGUAGUGUCAUCUGCCUGCUCGGACGAUAUGAUUUCAGAUCUGCCAUUUUCAGUUCCCGAGUUUGACCUGGACCACUUCAUCCUAGCAGACUGAAUGGAUCUGGAUUGCAGAGGAUUAUAGCUACAUACAAAAAAUAAAAUAGCUCACACAGUCUUCAAUAAUCAGGUUAAAAUGUACUAAAAGAGGAAGAGUAAAUAUUUUAACGAGUGGCCCUAAAACAUGGCCAACAAUAUAACUUCUAGUACAGGAAAUGGGCCUUAUGUACAGAAUACAUUUCGAAAACCUUUAUUAAUAUUUUAGACUGUAUUUUAAAAAUAUUUGUUGUUCAGUGUUACUUUAAAAAAUUGAUCCUAGAAGUUUUAAGCUUGAAUAGUUUUUAAUCAGUUUGAGAAGUAAUCCCAACUUAAUUUAACUGAUCAAGCAGAACUGCUUUCUUUGUGGCGGCUACUAAAGAAAAAUGUUUAUAUAAAUGCUUUGCACUAUAAAACCACAUUAAUGUUACAUAUUUAAUGUUAAAUUGAAUGUUAAAAUGAAAUUAAUAGUUAUGUUUACUUUUGCUAUGUAUUUUACUAUCAGCAAACAGCUGAAAUGGCACAGCAGGUAACAUUGCUGCAUCACAGCUCCAGGGUCUCAGCUCUGAGCCGGUGUUACUGUCUGUGUGAGGUUUUACAUGAUCUCCCCAUGUAGGUGUAGGUUUUCUCUGGCUUUUCUAGUUUCCUUCCAAUGAAUCGAUGAAAAACCUUUUUAUUUCCUAAUUGUGACUUUUUUCUGUCCCACUUUAUAUGAAGUUUCUCUAAAUUAUAAGUAACUGUAAUGUAAGCAUUACAGAUGGAUUUAAAAAAGAAAGUCUUAUGUAAGUAAACGUAUAAUCAGUUUUGGCAUGCAUGAGUACGCAACUGUGUCUGGACAGUCGUAGCAAAAACAAAUAGAAGUUUAAAUAAAAGGUUACAUCUCUUUCUGGUGUAACACAAUCUGG